UCGCCAGAAAUAUAUCGGUUCGGGCGCUCUAUAGAUAGGUUAGUGUGUCCGACAUUCGCCGCUUUCGUUUCAGUCGAUAAUGUCGUUUGUCGUUUGUUACUACUUGGUUUCUCACUGAAAAGACUCUUACGUAACAUGUCGUUGCUGCUGCUGCUCUAAAUCCCCCAAAGAUAGGCCACCGUCAAUACAGAAACUGGUGAUAUGUGAUUUUUAAUGUGAUAUUCUAACGAGCGAUUUCAAAUAAGACGCGGGACAUAAAUAAGAAAAUAAGAGAGAAUUUGAAAAGAAGAUAGACCUUGUUUACAGAUCGAAAUAAAAAAGCCGGAAAAUUCUAGAAGACGUUUGAAAAGGAGAAAAAUCAUUUGGAAAGCAUUAUCGACUGAAAAUUCAUAAAAUAUUCGAAUUAACUAAUUUAUUUUAAAAAGCCGGCUUGUUUUUCGGUAUACGUUUAAUUUAUAUUUUACUUUGCGAAGGUUGUUUUAAUAAAUUAAUUCAUCGGGUUAACUAAGAGACUGUUUCGAAAGAAAUGAUGCUAUAAUUUGAAAAAGUGGCGGACGAUAAGAGAAAAAUCAGCAAAUUUGGGGGUGGAUUGAAGGAAAAUGGGCAAAAGGGCGAGGAAGACUAGAUGGCGAGCUCUCGACAUUGUUGAUGAUGAUCACAGUGACAGCGAGGAAUCGAAUACCAAUUCUUCUGCACUCUCCUCCGGUCGCUAUUCCCGAAGUUACCGCUCCAACGGACUCCAUUCCAAAUAUCCUUAUUCUAGUCAGUCGACUCCGGCACGAAGGCGGUACCAAUAUGAUGGCAGCGCGAAAACCACCAGGUCGAGCAGCACGACCAGCGAGAACAAAAUUACGUUUAACGAAGAUGAAUAUACACGAAUCACAACCCCCAGACAAGACGUUCUAUUUAAGAAGGGUUACUUGAACAAACCGAAAAGUUACCAAAGCCAAACGUCCACAGGCAACUCGACAAUAUCGACAGGGUAUUCCACCGAAAACGGAACACCUGAUCACCAAUCCACAGAUUUGGAUUACGAAUCUCAAUUUGUUUUUCCCAAUGGUUUUGUCGACACAAAUGGAAUCUAUUACGUUAAUAGUUACGAACCAUAUCCACUAAUGUUGUUCAAUCCCCCAACUUAUUAUCAGGAGUUUUCAAACAAAACGAAACGAUGCAGCACAGGUUCAUUGAGCGAAUCAGUAAGUCCACACAACGAAGAAUCUGCUAGUCAGGACUUUAGCCAAAGCGGUGGUGAAGCCUCCAACAGUGUAUCGGACUACAGUAGCGGUGCGCCAGUUUAUAACAUGCUGUAUCCUGGCUAUUACGUCAACGGAACUUCUUUAAAUGGUUUAGACCGAAGCCAUUCUGGCACUGAACCAGUUAAAAAAUUAAAGAAACGACGCGAAAGAAAAUCCUCAAAAACGGUCCUUCAGGAAUCUUCGGAGAACACGGAUGGCAAUUCCUCUGAUGAAGAUGUCAGCCAAAAACCAUGCAUAGUGCCCGCUGCAGAGUCGCCUAGUGAAUCUGCCAUCACUAAAUCAGAAACAUCUACGACAGAACAGCCUCAGAUUAGUCAAGAAGAUCCUCAAGACAAAUCCGAAAACGCUGAAAACGAAGAGGAAUCAAAGACUGUUACCGAUACUACCCCUUGUGAUAAUUCUCUUACUAAUGGUUGUGCCGAUACAAAGACUGAAUAUACCGAAAUUGACGACACUCAACAGGCUCAGCUGACGUCACAAUCUCCGAAACAUUCAGUUCUAAAACCAGACGCGGAAGAAUUUGUACCUCGUAUUUAUCAACCCAUGGGAGCUUCACCGCAUAUUAAAAUGCUUCCACCGAACUUCGUACCAAUACCAUUAGUAUCUAUUAAUGACUUUGGAGGUCCAAACUUCAAUCAUCACGCUGCAUUUAUUCCACCCGGAUUUCCUAUUAACUUUAUUCCUCAUCAUCCCGGACAAAAAAUAUUCCCACCUGUUCCCGGUUUUGUCAAUUUUGCACCUCCAGUUGUUCACGACACAAAAAUCGAAGAAAUUGUCGAUCAAAACGAAAAUCAAUGUCCAAGUGAAGAGAAAGAAGGAACUGCCACUCCCUCUCAUACUCCCGUAAUAGAGGAGACACGACCAUUAACGCACAAUAAAACUUUAGAUAUUGCCACUGUGGUUUCCAAACUAGAAGAAGCUGCCAAACUACAAGAAAGAGAAAACAAUAUUAAAGAAACUGCUGUUUCGCAAGCCUUAUCUAACGGAAGCAAUACAAAAGAUUCAUUUAAAUUUAAUAAUAAAUCUUCCUCAAAAAGGAAUUACUUCAGAUAUAGAAACAAUCCUAGGACCACUGGACAUUUUGUUCAGAAACAAAGUAUUGACUCAAGUCCUUCCAAUCCUGGAACUCCAAAUCAGCCAAGACAUUCUCCUGAACGAAACAGUUCAGCCCUACCCAUUACUAAAGCAAAUAAUUUAUUAAAUCAGGAAGGAGAAUCAAUACCAGUUAAUAAUAACACUGUGCCUCAUACAAAAGUCAGUACAGAAACACCUGACAAGUAUUUUACAAAUAAAUCAAAAUACAUUAAUAAAGCUGAAGAACAUUCUCAUGUUGUAAGAAAUAGUCCCGAACGAUUUAAAAGGAACUGGAAAACGAAUGGACACCAAAACAAUUAUCAAAAUGGCUUUUCAAGUCCAAGACGCCAAGCAAACGUACAACAUAAUACACAAUACAAUAAACACUUAAAUAAUAGUACCGAAAAAAAAUACACCAAUGGAGAUUCCGUUUCUUCUAUCAAAAACUACUCAGAGAUGUUGAAAAAAGAACAAGUUCCUAUCUUAUCUCCGGUUUUACCUAAGAAAUCAUCCACAUUAACUGAAAGUGUAAAACAGGCAGAUACUAUAGAUUCAGAAACAACAAAACAAAGCAAACCUAAACCAAACCAGUGGAUAUCAGUCUCCAAUCGAAAGAAAAAGAAGAAUAAGAAUGUUGAAGAAAAUGGAUUUGAAUCGGAUGGUGAAGUUAUGCCCGAAAAUUUGGAAAACAAUACAAACGAUUUGUACGAAAAAUAUGACAUUAAUGAGCUUAUUGACGUUAUUCCUCCUUCAAAACAAGAAACCCAAGAAGCGAAACAAGACGGUAAUAAAAAUCUAGAUCAUAUUUUGACAAAUAUAGCACAAACCCAAUCCUUAGAAUGUAAAAGUCAAGAAACGCUUAAUAAUAUUCCAGAAGUAAGUGAUAUUGAGAAACGAUUAAUUGCUAAAGAAGAAGAAAAACAUUGCGAUCAGCCGAUACAGGCACUGCCUGUUUCUGAAACCUCUAAUGAAAACUUAAAUGUUGAUAUUACGACUGCAAAAGAUGAGGAAGAUGAGAGAUUAGAUUCUUCUAAGGAGCCUGAUACUAAAGAUAAUGCUUUCAAACAAAAGAAACCUAAAAAAGGAUCGCAAAAACCUUUAACAAAGAAAGUCAUUAUCACUGAUAUUGAUCUCAGUAUGACAGUUGAAGAAAUAAAAACUCCUGUUAAGAAAGUAGUUAAAAAAAUUGAAGAGCAUAAAUCGACUUCAACAACAAAUAUUAGUAAUAUUGUUGCUACUUCAGCCGAACCUACAACUGAACCAAUUGAACCGACCGAGAAAAAAUCUAAAAAGAAAAAGAAGAAACAAAUCAAACAAGUUAACUCGUCCAAUUCAACACUGAAUAAUACAGAAGAUUCUUAUGAUUUCCUUCUAGAAAACAGCGUACUUACUGAAAUCGUGGAAAAAACAAACGACGAAAUUUCACUGGAAUUGGACAAACUAAUUCAGAAGGGUAUGUAUAGUUCCCUUCAAGAAAAAAUGAAGUCGAUCAAUGUCGAAACUGAGGCUGAUGGAUUUUUCAAAGUUCUUGAUUCCGUUGUUUCCCCUUCAAAGGAAAAUAUAUCGGCAGGAAAUGGUUUCAUGAAGGCGCCAGAUUUUAAUCGCAUAUUCCAGAGCACAAGGCAGUUUCUCAAACCCAAUAUGGUAAGUGUAGAGCCAGAUAUCUCAGAUAUUAGAGUAGGAGAUGAUGAUAAAGAUAAUAAAAAUACUUCUUUUGAUCCAGGCUCUGCCGAUUCGGGCGCUGGACCUGCUCUAGAGGAUUUCGAAGAAAUCCAGGAAGUCCAGGAAGCCGAAGAAAUGGCACCCGUCAAUCCUGAGACACCACCAUUCCACGAUGAAGACAAAGAAGUUAAGAAGCUUUAUCCCAUCACGCAGGCUGUGAAAGAAUGGAUGAGCAAAACUAGGGAAACAACACCGGAAAUUGAAUUGCUGAAGAGUCCUUCCACUAUUAAAAAAGAAUUUGGCAACAACGUUAACCUCGAAAACGGUCUAAACGAGUACCUUGAUGAAUCGGAAACCGAAGAAAUCACUUUGUUUUCUUCCAACGACAAUCAAGGUAUAGAUCAGGGCGAUCUCUUAGAAUACUGGGAAGAUGAAUUGACGACAAUUGACACCUGUGUAAAAACAAUUUCUGAAUCCCGGGAAGCGCAGUGUACUAAACUCUGUCUCGAAGGACAAGAAUGCUCAAAAUGUCAAAGCUCUAAAUUAAAAUAUGGGGACGAAGAAAUCGAAAUAUAUAAUAGUAAAUACGGGGAAAAUGAGACAUUUUUAAAAUUACAAACUGAACAAAAUCAAAGGGAGAGUAGUAUGCCUCCACCUGGUUCAUUACCUUAUAAAGCUGUAUGUUGCAGCUUACAAUAAAAUACCUACCUGUCACACUGUUAAUAAGAACAUUUUUAAAAAUUAUAUUUAUAAGGUUGUUUAAUGUCCCUACUAUACACACGCCAUGUCAUUAUGUAAGUUAAACUCAGUUAUCAUUUGAAUAUGAAAUAAGUAUUUUAAGGUACAUGAACAACCUUAUAUUAUCAAGAGAAAAUCUAUUGUUAAGAUAUUAAUUCGUUAAAUGUCUUGUAAUUACAUUUAUUUACAAAGAUAUGCGUUGUUGCCAACUCGUUUUCUGUAAAGUAUAAAAUUUUACUUUUCUACUUGGAUAUAUCAUAAAAUCACGUAAAUUAUUUUGUCAUGUCAUCCUACAAACAAUUAAAGCAUAAUGAAAUGGUAUAAUUGUUUGAUAAGCAGGUAACUUUAUGCAAGCAUAGUUUUUCUCAAUCUCUCUUGAAACAAUGAGAGUUUGUUAAUGAAAAACUAGUUAUUGUUGUUGAAUGUAUUUUGUUAAAGCUGUCCUCCCAUCCUAAUUAAUAUUAAGUUAUGUAUAGUCCUUUAAAUGUUAAAUUAUGUAAAAAAGGACGUCUAAGCAAUAUUUACUUAACGAACGUACCAACACAUGUUGUUAUAGUUGCUGGUUGCUUAUUGUUAUUAAACAUAAAAUAGCAUAUAUCUUUAUUUAUACAAAGCUACCAGAAAUUUUGGUGUACAAUUAUUUUAAAUUAAUACGUAAAGUCCCUGAUCACAAAUAAUAUAAGUUUAGCCUGUAAGAGUCAAUGCGUGCGCUCCUUUUUCUUAGCGCAAUUAUUUCAUAAAUAAUAUUAGUCUUCGAAUUGUUAAUUUUAAUUGUACGUUUAUUUUGUUUUUCUUUGAUUUUUAAUUAUUGUAUGGCGAAUCUUAAAAAUAAAUUUAAAAUUUUGAAUUGUACAUUAAUCACAAAAUGUAAUAUAAAGGAUUGCGAUACCUUUUAUGAUUGGCUGGUCCAAACUGUUAAGUAAUUUAUUUAUGGAUAUAUACAGUCAAUAAUUGUUUUAUUUUAAUUAGUUUUUGGUGAAUCUUACAAACAAACAUGGCUUUAUUCAGAUAGUUCGUAAUUGUUUCUUGAAAUACCUAACAAUACAUAUAAUAAUUAUAAACAUGCAUUUUAUGAUGUUAGUUUUCAUAUUUUAAACUGUAUAUCGCUGUAAACGUCCAUGUUUUAAGUCAUAUAUUAUGUAUAUAGUAAAAUUAAUAUAAAGUUGCAAAUUUUAUUUAAGGAAACUAGAUUAAUACGGUCAGAAUAUUAUGCUCACUCUUACAAAUAAUUUUGUAGCGUUUGUGAAAUUAAAUAAUCACUGAUUUAAAUUUUUAGGCCCAUCAAAAAAGUAAUUUUUAGAUAUUGUUAGCAGUUAGAAUAAUUAUGUUAACGUUAGAAAUCGAUAAAUAGAUAAUUGCGAUUCCGAUAUCAUGAUGUUAGUAUGCGAUAGUUCAUACGAACGAAAGAUUUUCAACAUUUUUAAAUACAUAUCUUAUUCAUCGAAAUGUCAUACUCCUCUAUUUAAUUGCGUACAUAAAGUAAUUUAACAAUAUUAAAUCGUAAUAUAACAUAAUAAACAUGAUUCCAUUUAUUGGUGAACUAUCGCACUGACAAACAUCAGACACGUAUAGCUUAAAACUUGAACAUUAGAUUAAAAACGUUGGGACAAUAUCAUAGCUGAAUGAAAUAAAGGCUUGUUUCUUAGACUAUUAAUUAUCGUAAAAGACAAAAGAAUGAAAAUACGAGUGUAUGCUAUUAUAAUUAUUAGUUUAAUAAUUUUAUUUUGUUUUAUGGUUUUAUUUUAAAGUAUUGUAUGUAUGGGUUAUAAUUUUUGUUAAUUCCUAAUAACUUCAUAUUAUACUGCGUUGUUAAAAUUGUUAUUUUUGAGAUUUGUGCCUUCGCGAUAUUUGUAAAAUAAAUGAUAAUAUACCA